GCGGCCGCGCCGCCGCUGCGUGCGGUCGCCGCACCGCGACCGCGACGCCGACGCGGCGCUGGGCCACGCGAUCGCCCGCGCGGAAAGUCCACGCCAUCGACGCGACGUCUGCGGGUCCCUCUCACCGCAAAAAAACACACAGGCGAUCGCGCUCUCGUAUGCCCAGGGCCCGGGCGCGUGGGGCGCCAACGAAAUCAUCAUGCCGGACGGCGCGCGCUUCUCGAUGCUCGAGGCCGACCCCAUGAAGCUCACGUACUACUGACUCUCUUCCUCCCUCCCCGUGUACUAAGGCACUCAUUUCUUACGUCGCCGCCGCCCCGGGAGCGGCUCGUCAUCAACUGA